AUGAUUCAUAUCCACAUGGAAUCUAUCAAGCUAGGAGUUGGUAAUGGAAAAGUUAACAUUAUUCCUGAAGAUGACUCCAUUGAUGGAAUGCAAUGCAUCGAUCAUCCUUAUAGAAACAACCCUGGUGGGAUCUGUGCUUUUUGCCUUCAAGAAAAACUUGGUAAACUUGUUUCUUCUUCUUUUCCUCUUCCUAUUCAUGCCUCUUCCUCUUCUUCUUCUUCUCCUUCUUUCAGAUCCAACGUUGCUCCUUCUUCUUCUUCCACUUCCACUACUCGUCAUUGUGCUUCUUCUUCUUCCUCCGUCAUUAACACCAUUUCAACACCAGCAACUGCUGUAGCUUCAUCUUCUUCUUUAUCUCUCACUGUUUGUCCUAUUAAAAAUGAAAAUAGUGGUAAACAGUUUCACCAUGAAUACUAUUCUAGAAAAACUCGUAUUCCUUUUCUCUUAGCCAAGAAAAAGAAGAAGAAAAACACUGUUGCUGGUUCUGGUUCUAGUUCUGGUUCUGCUACAUCUAAUAAUAUUAUUCUGAAACGUAGCAAAUCAACUGCAACACCAAGAAGAGGUAAGAAUCUGAAUUCAAAAAGUUUUAGAGAUGGAAACAACAAUGCUGCUGCUACUACUACUACUACUGCAGCAAAACUCAAGGAAAAAUGUUGUUCAGGUUCUUCUUUAGGAAGAAAGAACGACAUUGUUAUUGUUGAAGAAGAAGAAAACAUUCCUAACAGGAGCAGUAACAACAACAACAACAACACAGGUUCUUCUGAGCGCAAAGUUUCAAGAUCUAGAUCUGUUGGCUGUGGUAGCAGAAGUUUUUCUGGUGAUUUCUUUGAAAGAAUCUCAACUGGGUUUGGAGACUGUACUCUCAGAAGAGUUGAAUCACAACGUGAAGGUAAAUCAAAGGUAGUUUCUUCUAGUUCUACUGGUAUCGCUUCUGUUAACCCUAACGAAAACCACCAUCACCACCAUUGCAUGAAAGAGAGAGUACUUCGACGUUGUGGAGUUGUGAAUGGUGGUGGAAAACAAAGUUCUGUGUCGAUUUCUCAGAAUAAUAACCGCGGUGGAAAGAGUUGGGGUUGGGCUUUUGCUAGUCCAAUGAGAGCUUUUGGUAGCAAAAGUUCUUCUAAAGAGAGUCAUCAUAAUAAAAGAGAUAUAAUUAGAGAUGCUAAUGAUAAGAUUAAUGCUACUCCAAAUUUAUCUGCUAUGCCAUCUUUACUUGCUGCAAGAGGAUGA